AAUAAAUAAAUAAAUUAUGAAACGUACAUUUGCUCGUCGUUUAUGGAUUGCAUCAUCAAGGUGGUUACUACAAAUAUAUUUGGAUGUCUUGGGUUACCUUUGCGUUUUAAACUGAUCAAGAUUGGAAAUUAUUGAAUUAAAUGACCAAUCUUAAUACCAUUACCUAAGUCUCAUAAGUUUACUUAGUCGUAUAUUUCAGACUUGUCUGCUUACCGUCUCCAUACAACAUACUAUCUCUACUUUUUAUCGAUAUUUAUUUCACCGUUUUAAGGUAACUUUAUUAUAUUAGUCACAUGUGCUUGCGUCACGAAGACAAACAAACUAAUCUCGGAGACGUAACAUCUUUUAUCAGAUUACAACAGAUCUUGUUUAUUAAACAUAAAUAUUUUGGAAGUUAGUGUUCCGAUUCCGUAUGUAAUGAGAAUUUCUGACUGUUGUAGGAAAUAGUAUAGAUGUGACAAAUAGUCUGUUUAACUAAAAUAGCUUCUUGAAGAUCAUGCAUAAUCAGUUUGCAGGCAAAAUUAAUGACAACGGUUUUUGUAAGUAUGAAGCAUUUUUAGGUUUAAUCAAUCAAUCAAUCUUUUAUUUGUAAACAAAGGGUACAUUAAGUCUUAAAUAUAAUAAAAAAAGUUACUUAAAACUUAGCGGCUUUUUACAGGCAUUUUAAAUUCACUUUUUUCACUGGUCUCGGGAGAAAGCUUGGGCGAAGGCUUCGACUGCUUCUAGUGACAAUAAAAUUUUCGAAAACUACAAAAAAAGCAGAUAAAAUUUAAUUUAAGUAAAAUUUAAUUUCACUAAUAAAAAGUCACUAAAUAAAUGAUGCUGUUUAUCAUAAACCCAUACUCAAGCUGUAUUAAACAAUCAAUUGAUUGUCACCUGAUAAAACUACACUAAUUGGGAUCGUAUUGAAAGCCUCAAGUCAAAACCACGUGACUCGUACAAGAGAAAUGUAAUUGCCGUGAACUAUUCCGUACUCAGAAACUGGUUAUUUUUUAUUAUUGCCGUUUAAUAUAAAAAAUAAAAAUGAUUGAUUAUGUAGAAUUAUUUGAUUAAAAAACUCAAUUCUUCAUGACUGCUGCGCUUGAUUUUUAGUAAUAUUUUUUGGUUGCGGUUUUUUUUCUGAGUUAAUAAUAGGUAAAAGUCCCUGUAACAGAAAUGCAUAUCCUUCUAUUUCAUUCUUUAGGCACUUUUUGUUUAAGCAUCUCACGAGUCCUCGUCAAUACGAUAUAAAAACGGCAUUGGCCCGUAAUUUUCUCAAAUAAUGGAAACGAAAAUUUUCCAUUAUUUUAAUUUUAAAACUUAUCUACCACUGGUCACUCGUGUAUUUAUCAAACAAAUCGUUUGAUAAAUAAAACAAGACGGACACAGAACAAGCGAAAAGAUAUUAAAUGACACUCCGAAGGCUAUUGCUAUCGUUUAUCAGAAACGUUGACAUACAUAAUCUUUCACAAUCAUGAUAUUGAAUUGAAUUUGCCUUUCCCCCAAAAUUUAGACUAAUUUUGGAUUGAUUUUCAUUAACAUUGGGUUACAUUUACCAACUUCCUAGAAAACUUCUGUCGAUCGCGAAAAAUAAAAAAUGAAAAGGGAGCAACUUCUGUAAGUCAUAAUAUGCUUUAUAGUUUGGUAGUAAGUAUUACGACAAUUUAAGAGUUUUAACUGUUUAUUCGUUUCUAUGUUAUAGUAGAAUAGUCUUUAAACAGGACAGUAUCAUAGAACUUACGUAAUUUUAUUUAAUAGUUUCAGCAUACUUUAAGAUCAUACAGAGUUCUUCAUCACUUCGUCGUUAUCACUAAUUUAUUUCAGACGAUUUGAAUCUUGAAUAAUAUUUAAAAGAGAUGAUUGUAUUAUGGACCUACUUGGCUACAUAAGUGAUACAUGUGGUGCAUAAUCGUUAUUUCCUGUAUACCUACUUCUUACACAUUAACAAAACAAAUGCAGUAUUCGUUUUUGGUCAUCAUUCUCACAAGUCAUCAUCCGCCUAGCCUUUAUACCAAAUUAUGUUGGGGUUGGCUUCCAAUCUAACCAGAUGUAUCUUAGUACUAGCACUGUUUUAUCAGGACUGACUGUACGUUUGAUCUCCUCAACCCAGUUACCUGGCCAACACACCUCUUUGUAAGACUGGUUGUUAGAUUUCUAGCUUCUGUCUACCAAACCACUAAACUAUUUUUUGAAAACUGAUUUAUUAAGAGAUUACAACAAAAAAUCUUUGGAGUAUACUAAAAUACGAGAUUUAAGUUGCAUGGUAAUUAAACUAUUUGUGUCAAUAUUUUUCACACUUUCGUUGAGCGGGGGCCGGGCAUUCUGAAACGCAUAAAGCUUUGCCAAAGGCUCGCGAGGCGGUUAACAUUCAGCCAUACAACAUACACACAUACAUCGUCACGUAGGCACUCGUCUGAUUGAAGAAUGCAGACGCCUUGCGCAUCAUCGUACUUAAUUACUCAACUACUCACUGUUGCACGCGGUUUUGCUUGCAAGAAUUAAAUUAAAACUUUUGUGUAUUGUCUAUAAUUAACAAACGGUCGUUUUUACUAUUUAAGUGAUUAUUUAUUGUGACGUAUAUACCACCAACUUUGAAGUAAUCUUUAAAAUAAGAGAUAUUUCUCUCAUUGGCAAAGAUAACCAUAAUAUUUAUUCCCCAUUACAGACAGGCUUAACAAUUUAUAUUUAAUUAAAAAUACAGCUAAAAACAUAAACUUCUGCUAAAUGAAACUUUAGUGAGAGGGUCAUAAAACUUAAAUUUAUCUUCAUUUUAAUUGUUUAAAAUAUGAAAUCGACGUACAAACACAAACCCCGUCUCGCAGCUAUAGGCAGGCAAACAAUGGGAGUCAUGUACUCGUGUAAUUCAGCCGGUGUCAGUCGCGCCGAGCGAAGAGCUUUGCUACCACGCCUCCCGAACGGCUUGACUGUUGCAGUCGCGAAACAAACUGUCUGUACCAAUAUAUUCCAAAUAUUACUUGGAUGCAUCUAAGUUCGAUUCAGUUGGCGUGCGUGGCACUGGUGGCGGUGGCCCUGAGCGCGGCGGCGCCGCCCUCCUCCUCGCACCACAUAACGCGGCGCUCCUUCUUCAGCCGCAAGUGCAAGGGAGUCUACGACGCGUCCUACUUCGCGCGCCUCGACAGGAUCUGCGACGACUGCUUCAACCUCUUCAGGGAACCAUCACUCUACAAUCUUUGCGGGGAUAACUGUUUCACAACAGAUUACUUCAGAGGAUGCGUCGAGGUGCUACAAGAAACUGACAGUAUAGAACAGUUCAAGGAUUACAUAAGGGUAUUACACGGGGCCGAUCCCAGCUAGAGAGAAUUGUUUCACGACGCCUUACUUCAAAGGAUGCUUGGAGUCUUUGUACCUAUACGACGAAAAGGAACAAAUCGACCAAAUGAU